GGUGACAGAGGGAUAUCGAAUAUUGCAGAAGGUAUUAGUAGUUGUACUAAACUCACGACUUUAACUUUAAAUGCAGUUGAAAAUUUACUUGGAAAAGAAGGUGCAUUUUCUAUAAGUACGGCGUUAAGUAGUUGUAAAAUGUUGAUUAAUCUAGAUAUUAACCUCUCUAACAAUUUAAUUGGAGAAGAAGGAAUAUCAGCUAUUUGUAUAUUAUUAGGCAGCUGUUAAUUACUUGAGAAUUUAAAAUUAACACUAUGGUAAUUUUUAUUUUUCAUUUUUUUAAAAUUUAAAAAAAUUUUAAUAUUUUUAUUUUUUUUUUGA